UGGAUCUUGAUGAUACAACCUGUAUAUAAAGGACUAAAAACUUUGCAUUGCUGUUGUGUCGAGUAAACUCUUUUCUUCUAUUUUAAACACAGAAGGCUUUGAAAUGUCUAGCGCCCUUGAACAACAUUCUGAUCCUCAAAUCGAAUCCAAGGAUAAGAAGUACAUCUUAAUCACCUGCGGCGACUCUUAUGUCGGCCAAACGGCGGCCAUGUACAUUACUGACCAAUUAGACCGAAGGGAAGGCCAGUUGAAAAAAAAGCAUUAUCGCGUCAAAGUGCUCUGUGCAAAUAAGCAUCAUCUUUCCCAUCUCGAAAAGAGGGGCAUUGAAGUGAAGGAAGUCCAAUAUGAUAGCAUCCAUAUGCUUCGUAACGAAAUGAAGCAUCAUAUCAAGACCAUGAUCUUCAUUCCUCCUGUAACAUCCGAUCGAGUUAUGGAAUACGGUAAAAAUAUUAUUGAUUGUGCUGUUACCGAGAAAGUUAAGCGAGUGAUUAUGGUUUCAGCUAUGGGGGUCGAAUGCUUCCAAGACAAAGAAACUCCCAUUGGACAAUUACGCCAUCUAGAAGAUUACACUCGCCAGCAAUACAGAUAUAGUUACUACAUCAUCUUCCGACUUCCGUUCAUUCAGCAGUUUAUGUACUUCUGGACAAGGAUGAUGGAAAGCCGGGGAAUGGUUGGCAUGCCAAUUGAUCACAGUACGUACUUGACUACCGUUAACAUUAAAGAUGUCUGUUCUUGUUUGGCACAAGCUUCUCUUUCGAAGAAAUCAAUGGUUUGGUCUACUCAGCGCCCAUUGGAUAGCAGUGAUACAACUGCUCGUGCCGAAGAAUACAACGAUGAGGGCCCUGAUAACAACAACCCUUCAACCAGAAUGAGAAGAAUUUAUGAGCUUCGUAGCAACCAACAGAUGAAUUUCAAUAUGAUUGCUGAAGCUUUAAACUUCGCUCUCCGUGAAGCUGGAAGUAAUCUCAAGGCUGAACCAGUCGUUGUUUCAGAAGACCAGCUUGAGCAAUAUUUGAUGUCCAUCGCGAAGAAAGAGGGAAGUGGCGUUCUUGACUCUUUAGAUGCUAUUUUCCCUAUCAACAUGAUCAACAAAGUCAAGCAAAAACAUGUCGAAGUUGGAGCUGGUAUCAACCAAGUUCUUCUGGACGCGAAGAAUAUUUUUCAUAGUACUCAACAAGGAUCUCAAGCUUUGUCUGGUGAUUUCCAAGACAAUCCCGAGUUCUAUCCUCGUCCUUCUAUGGUUUUGACUCAUGCUUAUAUAAAAUUGAUAUUAAAUCAUUUCCGAAGUGCCCGUAACAUGAAGCCACCUAUUGCACCUUGUAACGAUGUACGCAACAUAACUGGUCGUGAACCCAUCCCACUUACGGACUUCUUCAUGUCCAACCGCCAACAAUUCCGUCCUGAGGAAAAAGCUGAACAAUAAAAAAGUAGGCAGAUAUUUACUUUUCUCCUGUCCCAAUGUAGCAGCCACGAUGGCUAAAUAAAAUUUAAAUUGCA